AUGAAUCACGAUCCGUUUAGCUGGGGUAGACCAUCAGACGAAACAUAUGGUUCUUAUGAUACGAAGAUAGCUGCAGCACCGGCUUUUCCAAAGAUGAAUACCACUCAACCAAUUGUUACAGGUACCUCUGUAAUUUCAAUGAAAUAUAAUAACGGCGUUAUUAUUGCAGCUGACAACUUAGGUUCAUAUGGUUCUUUGCUUCGUUUCACCAAUGUUGAAAGAUUGAUACCUGUAGGAAGUAGUACAGUUGUUGGUAUAUCUGGAGAUAUUUCCGACAUGCAACAUAUUGAAGACUUAUUGGAAGAGAUGCAAACAGAGAAUAACUAUGAUAACUCAUAUACUGAUGAAGAGGAAUCCUUAAAACCAAGUUAUGUGUUUGAAUACUUAGCCAAUGUCAUGUACAACCGUAGAUCUAAGAUGAAUCCACUGUGGAACGCCAUUAUUGUCGCAGGUAUGGAAGAUAACAAACCUUUCCUUAGAUACGUUAACCUACUGGGUGUAACAUAUUCUUCGCCCACUUUAGCCACAGGGUUCGGUGCCCAUCUAGCAUUGCCUCUAAUGAGACGUGUAGUGGACCGUGAGAGUGAUGUUGAAAACACUUCCCUUGAAGUUGCUGAGAAGACCAUCCUAGAAUCGAUGAAGAUAUUAUAUUACAGAGAUGCACGUUCUUCAAGAAAGUUUUCUCUAGCCAUAAUCGAUAACGACCAAGGGUUGGUGUUGAAGAAGGGAUUACAAGUAGAAAACAUGUCAUGGGAAUUUGCCAAAAAUAUAAGGGGUUACGGUACUCAAAAAGUAUAG